ACUCCUGUCAGUCGAUUUUAUGUUGUUCUCUUGAUGAAACAUGUCAUUGAGAGUUGGAGCAAGGGUUGAAAUAAUUGGGAAGGACUGCCAGGGUGAGAUCGCCUGGAUCGGACAUCCGUCUUUUGCGGCCGGCAAGUGGAUUGGGGUCAUUCUUGAUGAGCCCAAGGGGAAGAAUAAUGGCACCAUCAAAGACAAAUCGUACUUUCAGUGUGCAGAGAAUCAUGGGAUGUUCGUACGUCAGACCCAAGUGGUGCUCUUGGACAGCGCUGGGAACAGACAGGAUCCCACGAGCCCAGGGUCAACUGGGAGCACUGCAACCACUCCUGAUGAUGGGGCUGCCAGGGCGCGAAGUCGACUCAACAGCACAAGCAUCCGCAGGAGGAACGAGCCCACCGCCGUUAGGAGAAAAACAUCUCCCGCCCAGCCUAGUCGUCAGCAUACCGAGAAACUCGCUGGUUCGAGGCUGUCAUUGGCGGGCAGUAGAACCCAAUUGAGCACCCAGAGCAUAGAGAACCUCUCAGGCUCAAUUCACGAGAGGAAAGAUGCCAUUGAAUCUGGAAUUCCAGUUCCAACGGCUGUAAAACGUGCUUCAUUCGUCGAGAAGUCCCCUAGCACGAGCUCGCCUACCGGCAAAAGGCCAAAGGCUCAAGACGAUCGCAAUAAUACGGGAUUCGUGGAGACUUUGAAGCCACACUUUGUGCCUGGACAAGCCAUGGCUGGCUCCAUGUCCAGUGCCUCCAAUAUCGAGGAGAAACUCAGUCAUCUUCAGCUUGUUCAGGAGAAUGAGAAUUUGAAGGCACAGGUCAGUGAUUUAACUGAGAAAGUGGAAACACUCAGAGUCAAGAGGAUGCAGGACAAGGAGCGAAUGAAGGAUUUCGAGAAGACGAAGCUUCAGUUUGAACAGUUGUUGGAGUUUAAAUCGAAGGUCAUGGAGAGUCAAGCAAGUCUCCAACGGGAGCUCCAACGAGCCCGCCAAGAAGCCCGAGAGGCCCAGCACGCGAAGAACGUCUACCAAGAGGAGAUGGCAGACCUUUCAGAAACCGUAGAAAUGGCGACUCUCGACAAAGAGAUGGCAGAGGAGAAAGCGGAGACCCUCCAGAUCGAGUUGGAGCAACUCAAAGAAAAACUGGAGGAGAAAACCCUCGACCUGGAAAUCCUGCGAACAGAAAUGUCCGAGAGAAGCGGUGGUGCAGUGUCCUCAGGAGCCCCAUCGAGUUUCGAAGUAAAACAACUGGAGCAACAGAACACUCGUCUCCGAGAUACCCUCGUGAAGAUGCGAGACUUGUCAGCCCACGAGAAGCACGAGUUCCAGAAGCUCCAGAAGGAUUUGGACCAGAAGAAAUCAGAGAUCCUAGAGCUGGGAAGAACCAAGGAGAAAUUAUCAGCUAGAGUCGAGGAGAUGGAGCACCAGAUAGCGGAUCUCCAGGAGCAGGUGGACGCAGCCCUAGGGGCUGAGGAGAUGGUGGAGAUGUUGGGCGAGAGAAAAAUGGCCCUUGAAGAGCGUGUGGCCCAGCUGGAGGAGGCAGUGUCUGAUCUCGAGCAGCUCCAAGAUAUGUCAGACCAAUUGGCAGAGUCAUCCAAAGAACUUGAACUAGAACUACGAGAGGAAUUGGACAUGGCAUUGGCAGCAUCGCGAGACGCCCAACGCCACAAGGACGCAGCCCUGGAGACCCUGGCAGAUCGUGAGAUGACGAUCACAAAAUUCAGAGAACUAACAAACCAACUCCAGGAGCAAUGCCUCCAGCUCCAAAACCGAGUGCAGUCGACAGAGUCCUCUCAGUCAGGUGGGACUGAGCAGCAACUGGCUGAAAUCCUGGACUUCCAGAAGACAUUUGCGGAGUCUCGAGCACAAACGAAAGCUGUUGACCUCGAGCUGAGGAGACUAGACGCUGAUGAAGCCAGGAAUCACGUGAAAUACCUCCUCUCCUUCAUGCCCCCAGCCUUCCUCACACGCGGAAACGAUCACGACGCCAUAAUGACCCUCCUACUCAUCCCCAGGAUGAUCCAGAAGACCGAAAUAAUAAUCUCCCAAGUCAGGGACAAAUACAGUGCAAUAGACAAAGUAGACAAGUCAGGAUUGUUGAAGGGGCAUUCAGUCGCUCAAUACGCGUUUAGGAGUCGUCUCUGUGGCCACAUGUACGCCCUCCAGACGUCCCUGGGUAGUUUCGAAUCGAGUCUCAACGUCUGUUCCCCGGAGAUUCUCCUCAAGGUGGGGGCAGCCUACCCUGAGAUGGCAGCCCAGGAGAAGUCCCUGGACUUCCUAAUUCAACUGGCGAAAAAGGAUCAGCUGGAUGAGAACGUGCCGACGGAUGGCAUCGAGAAGUGCUGCACCUACUUCUCGAACAUGUACCCAGUGAUGUUUGGGGAGAGUACCCUGGCUAAUCAAGCAAGAAUGGUGAUCAAUGGCACAAGAACCCUGGGAAGUCUCUGCAACGCAAUUGUCACUGAGGCAACAUCAGUUAAAACCCUUCUGGAAGGCGAGGGCGGGGAUAUUGGCCUUCUCUGUCAGCACAUCGAGACCACAGGCGAGGUUAUCCAGAAUAAUCUCAACUCAGCACGACGCAGGGUACCUAGGGACCACACGAACACAUCCACCACUGGACUGAACCUAGGACUCGACAAAGACUGGCCCGAGCAGUUCUCCAAUUGCUACCAGAGCGCAGUCAAGAUCACGAAGACCCUGCAGGAUCUACUGAAGACAGCUCUUCAAACCAUUAUCACUAAUGGAGAUCUGGACACUGGACUGAGUGCUGAAAAGCUCAAGGAAAUGGCUGCAAUGUCCACGGAGAGGAUCUACGACACUGACGAUCUUGGCCCAGUGACCACUAUCAAAGGAAGUCUGGCUAUUGUCCAGCAAAUGGCGACCAAUCUGGCCCAGAAGAUGGCGGAGUGUGAGAAUGAAAUGGCGAUUGCAGGUAAUGCAGCCCAGACAGCGGACUCCAGUGCUGAUAUCAUUUCUCCCAUUCAACUGAGAGCUCAAGUGGUCAGGAAAGAGUCCGAGGAGACGAAGAUACUGGCCAGAAAACUCGAGACGAGGGACGUGGACAUUCGGGAGGCUAGAUUAGCCCUUCGAGAGAAGCAGGAGGAACUGUCGGAGAUGGCGUUGAGGAAGGAACUUGCUGAGAAGAAACUGGCGACUCAGCAGCACGAUCAUGAGAUGAAUAUCGAUAAACUCAAGAGGAAACUCGAGGAGGCGCAGAAUCAGUUGAAACGAAAGGAGAAGGAGUUCGAGGAGACGAUGGAUCACUUGCAGACGGAUAUCGAUAGUUUGGAAUCGGAGAAGGGACAGUUGAAGGAGAAGCUGAAGUCCAUUGGGAAGAAGGUGACGACUCCCAUUCCUGGAAUACCUUCUGGGGUGGAGGGGGCGAUGAAUGUGUCAGCAGAGAGUGCCACACUGGGAAGUCCACUCGGUUAUGACAAUAAAUUACUGGUGCAGGAGAUUGCUGCGCUGAAGGAGGCCCUCAGCAAUGAGAAUAGGGUCAAACGUAAAUUACUGGCUGAGUCUCUGAGGAGCAAGUUCGAGGCUCUGGCGCCACUCCCAGUGGUUCCUCCGGUCAAAGUCGAUGCUACAAUCCAGGAACUGCAGCAGAAGAGGCUUCAGCUGCUGAAGGAUGUGCAGCAGGCGUCGGUUUAUCCUGUUGUUCCUGAUUUGAGUAGAACUAGGGUUGACAAGGAACCGCCAGUCCUGGAGAAGGCUUCACCUGCUUAUGAACUCGUCAAGAGGCAGAUGGCUAUGAGGACGCUGAUGGCAAGGGCUGAGGAGCUUUCUAAUAAAGUCAGGGAGACCGCCAUUCGCAGGACCUUGGGGGGAAGGGCUCCGGCGAAUUUCGCUGUAUUUCCGAGCAGAGAAAUGUCCACUGUCAUGAAGGAGAGGGACUGCCUGAUGGCAGCCAAGAUUUAUAUUCCCUUUGAGGGACCCUCUGCUGCACACAAUGUCAACGUUGGCACUGAGGAGCUACGGAAAGUUCACUCGCUUCUGUGUUAUUGAGGGAAUUGUGGUGAAGUGGUAAAUAGCGAUUGAGGGAUUUUUUUUUCCGGAGAUUUGAUCAUCUGUUGGGGGAAUGCAGGGGUAUCUACGAGAAUCUAGGGGAAGGGACAGCAGACUUUUCUUUUAGUUGAAGCAAUGGCAGAGGAUUAUUCUUGAUGUUUUGUAGGUGGGAAACGCUGACUUGUUCGUGAGCAAUUUGGGAAAUAGGGAUUCUGUUCGGUUACAUUUACCACUUCACUACUGGCACAAUGCCUAUCGUAGUGUAGUUAAAAGAGGAAACACGUGAUGCUUUAACAUUAAAGUAUUUUAAGAGAAACUUUUCUGACAUUAAUACCUAAGGGAUCGUGUAUUUAUUGCAGCCAGGAGGAUUCAUCAUGAAUUUUUAAUUAAUUUUUUUUACGUUUAGUGCUCUGUUGAUGAAUUUUAAUGAACGGUGUAAUUAAUUUUAUGAGGAAAGGAAUAAAAACGAAUAUAUACGAAAAUGAA